CGACAAUCGGAGUUAAAGUUGCUGCUGUUGCUAGCCGUCCAGAUUUAGGAGUUUGAAGAACAAGAAGAAAAAAUGUCUUACAGGGGAGGAGGGGGUCGAGGUGGAGGUUUUAACCGUGGUGGUGGCAGAGGAGGAUUUGGUGGUGGCAGAGGUGGUGGAUUUGGUGGAGGAGGCAGAGGUGGUGGAUUUGGACGAGGUGGUGGCAGAGGUGGUUUUAACAGACAGCAAGACUACGGACCUCCAGACCAUGUUGUUGCGGUGGGAGAGUUCAUGCAUCCGUGUGAAGAUGACAUCGUGUGUAAAUGUACAACAGACGAAAACAAAGUCCCCUACUUCAACGCCCCGGUAUACUUGGAAAACAAGGAGCAGAUAGGGAAGGUGGAUGAGAUAUUCGGCCAGCUGCGGGACUUUUACUUUUCAGUCAAACUUUCUGAUAAUAUGAAGGCGUCAUCGUUCAAGAAACUGCAGAAGUUCUACAUAGAUCCAAUGAAGCUCCUCCCGCUACAGAGGUUCCUCCCCAGGCCACCAGGAGAAAAGGGUCCACCACGAGGAGGCCGAGGGGGUAGAGGUGGAGGAAGAGGUGGUGGUGGUCGUGGAGGUGGAUUUCGAGGUGGAAGAGGCGGAGGCGGCAGGGGUGGAGGAUAUGGAGGUGGAUUUGGCGGUGGACGCGGUGGUGGACGUGGAGGAGGCUUCAGAGGAGGUGGAGGCGGGGGUCGUGGAUUCAGAGGUGGAAGGUGAUCUGAUGGUCGUGAUCUGGUGUGAUUCUCAUCUGAAUCUUCUGCUACACAAGAGAAGGUGGCGCUGCAUAGCAGAGCCUGGCUAGUUGGACUCAGAAUAAGAAAGUGGACAUUGCCGCUCUUGACUUUUGAGUGUUUUUUUAUUUUAUUUUACAAGUUUUGAAUGAUUGAUGGAUCUUGAAUUUUAUUUAAAAGGUUCAUAUGUAUGCUUGAGUGUAACAAAGCGGGAACAAUUCAGCCUGUUGACGAUGUGGAUUCCCUUGUAAACAGGCUGUGAACAUCCUGUGCUGUCUGUGUUAGUGUGGCCCUGAUAAAUGUUUGUACUUCAAUUAGAACAUACAAACCUCCAUGUUUUACUUUUGUCAGAUAUGGAAACAUGGGGAAAUCAGACCGUAUAUACUUUCUUAGCUAAAGAUUUGAAUACUCAUAAUGUGUAAAAAUCACGGGAGCAGAAUAUUGUCUCAUUUUUGUUAACAACCUUUAAUUAAAAGGUGCUUUGUAAAUGUG